AUGGCUCCGAAAAAGGUCUUGAUUAUCGAUAUUAUCUCAGGGGCCAACCGCGGAAUCGGGCUUGGGUUAUCUCAAAAGUUCCAUGAGGAAGGCUGGACGGUAUUUGGGUCUAUCCGGCCAGAAACCCGUAAUGACCCAUCCGUAAACGACCUAAAACGAUGGGCCACCAAAAUUUUUGAAAUUGACUAUCGUGUCGAAGCUUCAAUUUCAGGAGCCGCUGAACAGUACGGGUCUGACUCACUUGACUGCCUUAUUAAUUGUGCUGGAGUUAGCAGGGGCCCAGAGCCAUGGACAGCAUAUGAAAGCUCACUCCUCACUGAAUGGUUUCAGAUAAUGGUUAUUGGGCCUUAUCUAGCUACAAAAUACUUUCAGAAAAGCCUUGAGGCGAGCUCCGCUGGUAAAAUCGCCAACAUCUCCUCAAUUCUCGGUUCCAUAAGUUGUGAGGCUCACGAUCUCGAGGUAGUUAUGUUGACUGAGCUAACAGAAGCAGUAACUAAUACCGGCGAGAAGUUCGGUUAUAGGAUGGUAAAGGCUGCUCUCAAUCAACAAACACGUACAAUUGCCAUGGCUUUCAAAGAAGACGAAGUUGAUAUUACUAUGAUGUCAAUUCAUCCUGGCCCUGUUCCCACCCACCUUUCUAGAUGGUAUGGAAGGAUUUCUGUUGAAGAAUCCGCAAAUGGGAUUUAUUCUGUGAUCGAUCAGGUCGGACUAGCCCAAACUGGAGAAUUCUGGAGCUGGACUGGGCAGAAACUAGAGUUUUAG